CUGGGUGAAAGCAGGGGAGGCUGCCUCCUUACCACUGUGCUGGUGCUCAGCCUGCGUGGGCGUUGCUAGCUUGAAAGGUGCCCGCACAGGCUAGGGGGAAGGCCGGGUGUGUGUCCCGGCGAGCUAGCGGGAAGGUCGGGGCUGGCCUGCCCUGGCUCUGCUGGAGGACUGUUUGGGAGCCGCAGGAGAUGAGUAUUGUGAGCUCUCGCUGUUAUGGAGAGGCGAGGCGGGGAGGGGGGGUCUCUUUUCAGCCUCAUGCUCCUGGGGCACUGAGGGUGAGGUGGCGUCACCAGCGCGUGCAGUGACAGUUCUGGUAUCGGUGCGAAGGCACAGUCAUGCGCACAACUGCCAGUAACACCUUUACCUCCAAGUGCUUCACACAGGGGCCUGCCUACAAAAACUCCUCACUCAAAUGCCCGGCGGAGCGUGGCUGCCCUCACCAGCUCCCAGCAGCUUUGGACAGGAAGAGAAAUGGCCUAUUGGCUAGAGCCAUGGAGGGAGGCAGGACGUGAGGUCUAACUUCUCCUGGCCCCUGCUCCACCCCACUAUGGCUCCACCUGCACCCUCACAGUCCGGGCACAACCCCACCCUUGGCCUGCUCUCCCAGGCCUGCUGCUUUCCCUGCACUGCUCCCGCAUGGGGCCAAGGAGGCCCUGAUUGGGUCUCUUCCCCUGCCCCUCCUUGGUUCAGCUCUCCCAGUCAGGGCAGGGAGCCAGCUCUGCACAGGGGGCAGUUCCCAGGCUUCAGAGGGAGGUGAGCAGGUUCUGCUUCCUCCACCCUAUCCAUCAUCAUGUGACGCAGCCCCCGAGACCUUUGAGUGGGGCCCAGGCUGGCCCAGGGCAAGUGCCUCUGCACCAGCAGCCAAGGCAGGGCUGUGCUUAUCAUCCCCCUGGCUGGCACCGGCCCCCAGGGCUCCUUGUCUGUCCUGCUACAGAUACCAGCAAGGCUCAUGUGAUUAAAGUUUUUCAUGUCCCUGCUCCUGAGCAGAGGCGUUUCCCUUCCCCCUGGACUUUGUGCCCCUCUGAGCCCAGGGGAAAAUCACCAGCUGGGACCCAGCCAUGCCCUGGGCGAGGGACCCGCACACCAGAGCAGCAGCUUCUCUAGCACUGCAGAGCCGUGUUCCUGCUCCGCACAAUCCCAGCCCAGCACUGCUGGCUGCAGGAGGGGAAGAGGGAAACCAGACUGGUGGGUUCGUUCCAUCUCCUGUGUCCCAGGGGUGGGCAGGGACCCUUUCCCCGGGAGAGCAAAGUACCCACGGCCUGGGCUGUGACGCCAGGUCCCCCCAGACAGAGAAGAAACAGGUCAGGUCAGGUUCUUAUACUGUUGUUGCUGCAGGAUCUGAGACGAGAGCCCCAGUGGGUCGGGACCCUGGGAAAGGGCUCAGGGGUAUGGGGUCAUGGGGCGUGAGGACAGGAAUGCAGGGUUCUGGUGACGGGCUUAGGGCCCCUCUUCCUGGCGCUUUGGGGAUGCUGCUUUUCUCCCUUUAAAUAGCCUCACUUUCCUCUUGCUUCACUGUUCUUUCCCUGCUGAAAAUAACUGGGCCAGAACUGUUGGAAAGAUGUGAACCAGGAGCCAGAACCCUGGGCAGAUGAGGAUUGCUGGGUAUUUUAUGGUUAUCUGGUACCUCCCAUCUUGACAGGACUAAGAAUGGAGGUGCCAUGGGGCUGGGACUGGGACCGUGCCCUCCUCCCUGGUUUGUAUAUAUAGGGAUGAGCAUGCAGUUGGCUCUGAUCAUAGCAAGGAGGAUAUCCAGAGCUGUGCAGCCUGUGCAUGUCAGAAUCACUUCACCUGCUGCUGGCAGGCAGCUGCCUCUGGGGUGGAACAUGGUAGCUGCUAGACACUGCAGAGCAGCAGUGCAUCACUUCCUGUCAGGCCCUGCUAUGGCAGUCUCUUGCCAGGCAGACACGGAGCUCCGGGACCUGGAUGAGGAGCAGCUCUGGGAGAUUCUGGAGAGCCAUCGCUACCGGAUUGUGCGCAGCACCUGCCCAAACCGGCUUACCCCCUACCUGCGCCAGGCCAAGGUCCUGGACCAGCUGGAUGAGGAGGAGGUUCUGCAUGGCCCCCAGUUCACCAACAGCGCCAUGAGAGUGGGUCACAUGUUGGAUCUUCUGAAAACCCGGGGGAAGAAUGGAGCCCUGGCCUUCCUGGAAAGCCUGAAACUUCACAACCCCGACACCUACACCCUGAUAACUGGCCUGGAACCCUCCAUUGAUCUCAGCAACUUCAGUGGCCUGAUCGAGACGUCCAAGCUGACCGAGUGCCUGGCGAAGGCCGUGAACAGUUUGCAGGAGGAGCUGACCCAGGAGAAGCACCAGAAGGUGUCUCUGCUGCACCACUGCCGCCAGCUGAAAGACCACGUGUCCCAGCUGGAGGCCCAGAACAAGUGUCUGCGGGGCAUCGAGGCCGAGCAUAACCGCAUGAAGAGGGAGGUCAGCUCCCAUUUCCACGAGGUGCUGAAGCUGAAGGAUGAAAUGUACAACCUGUCCAUGCACUACACCAACGCCCUGCAGGAGAAAGACCUGGCCAUCACGCGGAGCCAGGGCCUGCAAGAGGAGCUGUAUCUGAUGAAGCAGGAACUGCAGCGAGCCAGGGUGGAGUCCUACUGUGAGAGGGAGAGGUCCCUGCGCAUGCCCAGUGAUCUGCAGCCACAGGCGGAUGAGCUGCUGCAACUGAGGGAGGAAAAUGAGAAGCUCCAGUCACUGGUGGUGCUGGAGACUUUCAGCCUGGUGCAGAAGGAUAUCCUGGAGCAGAACCUGGAUGAGGCUCUGGAGGGCAAACAGGAGCUCCUUGAUCGAAUCCACUCACUGAGGGAGCAGGCAGUGAUCGCUGAGAAUCAGCGCAAGAAGUAUUGGGAGGAGAAGGAGCACACUCUGAUUGAGUGUCACAAAAUGAAGGUGGAUUGUGAGAUCUACAAGGAGAAAAUCAGUGCCUUGCAAGGGCAAGUGGCCGAGCUGCAGAAGGAGCGAGAUCAGGCAUACGGCGCGAGGGACACGGCCCAACUGGAGAUCUCCCAGAACCUGCUGGAGAAGGAUUCCCUCCGCAGGAAAGUGUUUGAGCUGACGGACCAGAUCUGUGAGCUGAGGAAGCAGGCCAGUCAGCAGCAGGCAGAGCUCGGCAGCAGGGUGCACGGGGUGAAGGGGGAAGGUCUCGCUUGCCUGGAGCCUGAGGAGCAGUGGCCAAAGAGGAAACAGCGGCUGGUGCGCAUGCACACCCUCUGCCCCGGGGACAAGAGCCAGGGCAGCCUCAGUGUGUCCGAGCUGUGCUCAGAUUUCAGCGUGAGGACGAGCCACGAGCUGCCAGAGAGCUUCCGGUCGUGCAGCCCCAUCCCGCCCUGUAAGCUCUCCCUGCAGAGGAGAGCCACACAGGAGUGCCUAGAGAGCUCCCUCUCCACGAGCAGCUCCCAGGAGUUCCUGGAGGUGGAUUUCAAUCACAUUGCAGGGGAGAGGGCAGAGUCAUCUGACUUGGAGUAUGAGAAGGUGGAGAAGGAUGAGGGCAAUGCCCGGCCGCUCGCCUUAGAUGAGAGGUACGUCACGCUGCCCGCGGAUUUCUGCCCCCCAUUAGGGAGGGCUCAGUGCCCUCCCGGAGCCUGGAAUAAAGCAGGCACGCCCAUUCGCCGGCGGCCUGCACGGCGGAUCUUGAGCCGCAUCACCACCAUUGCCUUCCAUGGCAAUGCCCUGCUGGAGCAGAUCAGCAUCAUCGGGGGCAACCAGACGGGCAUCUUCAUUCACGGGGUCACUCCUGGCUCAGUUGCCGACGAGAUGUCUCUGUCCCCAGGCAGUCAGAUCAUGGUGGUGGAUUAUGAAGUCACAGACCCAGCAUUCAAGGCCAUCCUGGAAGAUGCAACCCUGGAGGAGGCACUUUGGGUCCUGAAGAGGGUGAAUGGCUUCUGCUGCCUGUCUGUCAGAAUGAACGUGGAGGGUUACAAGAGGCUGGUGACUGACCUAGAGAACAAGGUGGUGACCUCGGGUGAUUCGUUCUACAUCCGGGCUAACCUGGCCCUGGAAGGGAAGGCAGCGGGGGAGCUGCCGGUGCAGUGCAGUGACAUCCUCCACGUCACAGACACCGUGUUCCAGGGCAAGAGCCAGUGGAGUGCCUGCCAGGUGAAUCCCUACAGCAUGAAGGACAUGGAUGCAGGCAUCGUCCCCAACCACUACCAGGCUCAGCGACGGCUCAUCGGCCUUAUCCAGGACAUGGCCCAGCAGACCACAUCUGCUCGUAAGGUUUCAGGGGGGCAGCCAAAGCUGGUGCGGAUCAUCAGCACAGACAAGAGCAAGAUCAACCCUCUGUGGUCGUCCAUCGACUGUAACGUCUACGAUCCCAACCAGGCGGACGCCUGCCCCCAGAUCUGCCUGCAGGCAGGGAGCUGCUUCACGCUGAUGCCGUACACGCUGGUGAGACCCCACAAGCUGGCCCAGCUGUGCCCUGUUCUCUUUGUGCCCACGCUGCUGGGGAAGAUCCUGAGCGACAAGCUGUGCCUCUCCAAGGGCUUUGAAAAAUGCCCGUCAGGACUCUUGUGUGAGGCCGAAUGCACAACCCAGAAAGGAACUUUGGUCCGGGGAAAGAGGGAGCUGGACAGUCACUGCUGUGUCACACGCCAAGUGCUUCAGCUGCUGCUGGAGAAGGACGUGCACAGCCUGCUGGACAUGGGACUGGAGUGCGUGCGAGCCCUGCACGCCGCGGGGAUCUAUCCCAUCCUCCUCCUCGUUUCCAUCAGCGAGAAGAGUGCCAAGAAGCUCAAGAAGGCACUGCAGCGCCUCGGAGCGACAGAGGAGCAGCUUCUGGACUGUGUGCGGAGAGAGGAGGCCCAGCUGGAGAAAGUGCCCUGCCUGUACGGCACCGUCGCCCCCGACACCUGGAGCGACCUGGACACACUUGUCGGUGCCGUGCGAGCAGCCGUCGCCAAUGAGCAGAAGAAGAUUGUGUGGCUAGAGCAAGAUCUUCACUGAUCUCCCUGGACACAGGGGGGUGGGGGGGAACCGUCACCUUGGCAACUCUGCAAAUGUCACCUAUUUAAACCAAGAGUUUGGUUUGGGGUGUGGGGAGGGGGAGGUUUGAAAGACCCUCUUACCUAAAGGGUUAAUGGACUUCGCAGCGCUGGGUGAGCCCCCUGCCUGCCCAGCUGGCCUCUGCCCCGUCAGCAGAGAAACACAGUAACUCUAGUUCAGAGAGAAAGAGGCCGGUUUUAAUGCCAUCCCUGUCAUGGUGUGAAAGGGCAGCUGGCUGGGGUGAGCCGGGCUGCCUCUGAACGGUGUCCCUGGUGCCAGAGCGGGUCCCCGGGCUGGGCAGGGCACCCUGCCUGGUGCUUGGGCCCCUCCACCUGUUCUCCUAGCCUGGCUCUAGCUGCUGGGAAGUGCAGUCACCAGCCCACCUGCACAGGGAGGGAACAGCAACUCCCGCAGGCCUUGCCAUGUCCCCUGCCUAGCUGCCCCCACGGGUCUGCCUCGUUGUACUGGGUAUCCCAGCUUCCCCUGGAUCUCUGCGCACCCUGCUCCCAGAGCCCUGGGGAUAGCAGGGAACCAGGACUGAACAAGGUGUGCUCGUUCCAGGGACUGUAAAUUCUGUAGUUUGCUAAAUUAAACCUUGUCGUUACUGUGUGUUCAGACCCCUCCUGGCCCGCCCUGAGGUGGUGACACCAAAUCCAAUGUACUGGCCCUAUGGAGAGGGGGCUCUCAGCUCCUCCAUGGCUAGCUGGAGACUCCCUGGCAAAUGGGGCAGAAGCCCCGAUGUGGGGAGCUCCCAGCAGCACCAGUCCCAACCUCCAGCUGCAGGAGGUGCUGUUGGAGCCACUGCAGGAAGAGCUGCAGUGAAAAGUGGCUUCAGCAGGAGAUCGGCGCAGAGGUUAGGUUGUGAGUAAGCCGAGGACGUUCUCCCAGCGACUUUACUGAGGUCAUGUAUUUGACAGCUUUCUGGUUGGCUGCAGUCCAGCGCUGCCUGUUGCUGGGUGCGAUGACAUCCCACUGAGGAGGAAAAUGUCCCGUUUUGAGCUUCAGGGGCAGAUGCUGUUUUGA